AUUCAAUCCACUGGCAGCGUCCUGGGAAAGUUGAAGAUGUUACAACAUUCUAUUAUCAACCCCGGGCUCCUUCUGUUGAAGUGGAGAUGACUUCAUACUUGCUUCUUGCCUAUCUUACUGCUUGGCCGGCCCCAUCUUCAGAAGACCUGUCUGUGGCCUCACGUAUUGUGAAAUGGAUCAUCAAACAACAAAACCCCAAUGGGGGCUUCUCCUCCACUCAGGAUACUGUGGUAGCUCUCCAAGCCCUGUCCAAAUAUGGAGCAGCAACUUUCAGUAAAAGGGAGAAAGCAACUGUAGUGACUGUCAAGUCUUCAGAGACGUUCUUUGAAGAAUUCCAAGUCCGCUAUACCAAUUGCCUGUUGCUGCAGGAGGUCAGGUUGCCAGAGAUUCCAGGGGAAUACAGCACGACCGUGUCAGGGUCAGGAUGUGUGUAUCUUCAGACAUCCUUGAGAUAUAACAUCCUGCCCAAGAAAGAAGGGAAAGUCCCCUUCAUUCUGAAGGUCGAUACUCUCCCCAAGAAUUGUGAUGGAGUACGUGCUCACAGGAAAUUCCAGAUUCACAUCAACAUUAGUUAUACUGGGGAACGACCAAGCUCCAACAUGGUCAUUGUUGACGUGAAGAUGGUAUCAGGCUUCAUACCUAUGAAAUCAUCAGUGAGAAAGCUCCAAGAAAAGCCUCAGAUUCAAAGGACUGAAGUGAGCACCAACCAUGUCCUGAUUUACUUUGAAGAGCUAACCAAUCAAAUUGUGAGUUUCUCCUUCUCAGUGGAACAAGACGUCCAAGUUGACAAUUUAAAACCAGCUACUGUAAAAGCCUAUGAUUAUUACGAGACAGGGGAAUUCACUAUUGAAGAAUACAGGGAUCCCUGCAGUGCUGAAUCUGAACACAGAAAUGCUUGAAAAUGGAAACUUGUGGACCUCAUCAGAUGAUGUUCUCCAGGAACGAAGGACAAAGACUUAUCAGGAGAGAGAAGAUAGUGGGAGAAAGAGGGGACAGGAAUUGGAAAUACAUAAAAUUUGAUGUUGAAUAAAUUUAUGACAUAUACACUUC